AUGUCUGUGUCGCAGUUUACUUUGCCAGCACCUCGUAAGCACCGUAGAGCGUGUCUUUGUGUUGCACCUAUAACAGGAAAGACUAUAACGGUUGGGGAGUUUUCAUUUAGGGAGAAAGGAGGGCUCAUCCUGUUGGGAGUCGUUCACAGCCCAGCUGCUGGCCAUGGCCAAGGCCAGAAGGUGCAGAAAGUGAUAGUGCAGCCCAUCAACCUCAUCUUCAGAUACCUACAGAAUAGGUCCAGAAUUCAGGUGUGGCUGUAUGAACAGGUGAACAUGAGGAUAGAAGGCUGUAUUAUUGGAUUUGAUGAAUAUAUGAACUUGGUUCUGGAUGAUGCUGAGGAGAUUCACUCCUCAAGGAAACAGCUGAGUCGAAUCAUGUUAAAAGGAGACAAUAUUCCUCUUCUACAGAGUGUUUCUAACUAGAAAUGGCUAUUGAGUCUGUUUUGCUUAUUAGUUUAAUCUUUAAACCUAUAGAAGAAAAUAUGCAGUGGUUUAAUGGUAUCACUCCCAAUUCUACCAUUAGUGUCUGAAGAGUGAAGAAUGAAGCCAGUUACUUAAUUUGUGCUUGCAUAA